AUGAAAUCUCUUAACAGUAUUUUGGUUCUCUCAUGUUUGUAUUUGACGGCUACGUCAUGGCUUGUUUGUUCCGAUCGUUUAGAACAGAAAGAUUGCGACAAAGAUGUAGUAAAGACAGUGGUGGUUGGUCAUUAUGGUGUAGCUAAUUUCAGAACCAUCCAAGCAGCCAUCGACUCCAUUCCCUUCAGUAACAGCAAUUGGAUUAAGAUUUAUCUUAAACAAGGAACCUACAAUGAAAAGAUAGUGAUUCCGAAGGAGAAGCAAAAGAUAAUAAUGCAGGGAAGCAACGCAUCAGAAGUGAUAAUUCAAUAUAAUGAUGCAGGACUAUCCAAUUCGAGUGGUCCUUUCACUGUAAACGCAGAGUACUUCGUCGCUGUCAAUAUUACAUUCAAGAAUACUUUUACCAAGAGAACACCAAUAAUACUGUAUGAUGAGAUAAAGGUAGCUCCAUCAAUUAUACUAAUGGCGGACAAGGCAUGGUUUUAUGGCUGCAGCUUCAUCAGUGUCCAAGACACACUCGCUGAUUUACUCGGCCGCCACUAUUUCCUAAACUGCUACAUCGAAGGAGCCAUCGAUUUCAUAUGGGGAAGAGGCCAAUCUAUAUACCAAAAGUGCACGAUAUAUGUUAGAGGAGUGACAUCAACGGAAGUGGUGAAGGACGGAGGAAUGUUACUGGGAUUCAUAACCGCGCAAGGGAGGGAAAGCGAGCAAGACACAAGUGGAUUUGUGUUCAAUAAUUGUGUGAUUAAAGGAAAUGGUAAGGCAUUCUUGGGAAGAGCUUACCGAGGCUACUCUAGAGUUGUCUUUUAUGGAACAAACAUGUUAAAUGUUAUUGUUCCUCAAGGAUGGAAUGCUUGGUAUUAUAAAGGACAAGAGGAUCUAUUUACGUUUUCUGAGGUAAAUUGCAUAGGAGAAGGAGCAGAAAAGAAAGGAAGAGUUAGCUGGGAGAAGAAUCUAUCUGCUGAAGUUGUUGAUUUCCUUAUAGAACCUAAAACUUUCAUUAAUGAAGAUGGUUGGAUGGCCAAUCUUCCUUCUUCUCUCGUCUCUUUAUAUUACCAUCUUCUCUUAUAA